GGUGAAUCCAGUUCCAGAGAUCUACUUCCUCUCGGUGUCUGAAACCCUCCGCGGAGUGAGCCUCCCUCUCUCACCGCUCUCUGACGGCAGCUUCAGCACAGUUAGCAGCCCGAGCUAAUCCGGCUAACAGCUAACAGCUAACGGCUAGCAAGUGGCGCUAUGAUGGCGGAGCUGGUGCAGGGACAGGCCUCGAUGAACCAGCCGGGGCUGAAGUCAGACGGCCUGGCCGAUGUUUUACAGAGGGCCCGGCAGAUGGUGGGUAAGAUGGGCGGAGAAGCCAUGUCUCACCUCAACAGCUCCUCAGGAAGCGUGGAGCCCUCGCUGUACUACCCCGGCCAGAAACGACCAGGAGAGGACGGAGUAGGUAACCAGCUAGCAGCCAUGGGGCAUCAAAGCAGGGUAAUCACAGAGGAUUACAAGGUCCCGGACAGGAUGGUCGGCUUCAUUAUUGGACGCGGCGGCGAGCAGAUCACCAGGAUCCAGCUGGAGUCCGGCUGCAAGAUCCAGAUCGCUGCCGACAGCGGCGGUCUGAUGGAGCGGCCAUGUUCCCUGCCUGGGCCCUCCCGCGCGCAUCGCGCGAAGCGUCUGCUGGUCCAGAUCGUGGACCGCUGUAGAAACGGUCCGGGUUUCCACGGCGAAGGUGAAGGCGGAGCCUCCGUGCAGGAGAUGCUGAUCCCGGCCAGUAAGGUGGGGCUGGUGAUCGGCCGAGGAGGAGACACCAUCAAGCAGCUGCAGGAGCGCGCCGGCGUGAAGAUGAUGAUGAUCCAGGACGGGCCGAUGCCGACGGGAGCCGACAAACCGCUCCGCAUCUCUGGAGACCCGUACAAAGUGCAGGCGGCCAGGGAGCUGGUGCUGGAGGUGAUCCGAGAGAAGGACGGAGACUUCCGGUCGGGACGCAGCGACUUCAGCGCCCGUCUGGGAGGAGCCAGCCUGGACGUUCCAGUUCCCAGGUUUGCUGUCGGCAUCGUGAUCGGCAGGAACGGAGAGAUGAUCAAGAAGAUCCAAAAUGAUGCCGGAGUCCGAAUCCAGUUUAAAGCAGAUGACGGCAUCAGUCCGGAGCGUGUUGCCAUGGUGAUGGGUCAACCAGACCGCUGCCAGCACGCUGUGCACCUCAUCAACGAGCUCAUCCAGACCGCACAGGAGCGUGACGGUUUCGGCUCGGCCCUGCGCAGCGGGCGGGUCAGAGGUCGUGGUGAUUGGACUAUGGGCUCUCCUGGUCCGCUGCAGGAAGUGACCUACACCAUCCCUGCUGACAAGUGUGGCCUGGUCAUCGGCAAAGGUGGAGAAACCAUUAAGAGUAUUAACCAGCAGUCUGGAGCUCACGUGGAGCUGCAGAGGAACCCCCCCCCCUCCACCGACCCCAACACCCGGGUCUUCACCAUCAGAGGCACCGCCCAGCAGAUGGACCUGGCCCGUCAGCUCAUAGACGACAAGAUCGGGGGCUCAGGUAUCAUGAGUAACGGAGGGUUUGGCUUCAGCCCCUUCACCCAGGGCCCUGCUGCACACCAGAACUGCGGCAGCGGUCAGACCUUCCUGACUGGCGUUUGGGGAAACACCUACCAGACCAGCUGGCAGAACCCGGGACAACAAGACCCAGGUCAGCAGAGCCAGCCUCAGAUGACAGACUACAGUAAGGCCUGGGAGGACUACUACAAGAAACAGAGUCAGUCGUCUCAGCAGAGUUCGGUGCCGGACUACACUGCGGCCUUAGCAGAAUACUACAGACAGCAGCCCUACCUGUGGAACGCCGCCCAGAUACAGGAUCACUAGAGGCUCCUCCCUCACCGGUGAAGGCCUCGGAUGGUCGUCAACGGCAACCGAAUCGGGGUUUCCUAGCAACGCUCUGCCGCUUCCUCCUUCCUUUUGUAGAGAAAACUAAGGAUUAACUGAAAAAUCACGAACUCUUUUCUUUUCUGUUUUUUAACCUUACAAAGUUGAUAUUUUGUCGGGCAGAUUUUUUCGGACUAGCCUCUGGUCUCUCUCCACAGUGUAGACCUGGUUUUUCUUUUUGUUUUAUUUUUUAUCAAACUUGAACUUAAAGAUGUAUCAGUGUGGCUUUGAACAAAAAAAAUCCAGUAUAAUCUAUAUUUUGUCUAGUUUUAUUUUCCAAUAAGAAAACGGUAUAAGGCUUAGCAGUCUUGAGUAAGAAAAUCAGAUAUUAUUAUUAUUAUUAUUGUUUUUGUUUAUGAUAAUGUUUUAAAGCAUGCGUCAGAUUGUGUGUGUUGACUCUCAGUUAUUUUUUUUUUUUAUUUUGGCAUAGAAAUAUUUUAAUAGCGUCAGAUGGAAAUGUAAUGUUUUACCGUCAGAGACAAAACUGUUUUUUGUACUAAAUUUGUGCUCGCUGGGUCUGUUUGUUCUCGAUCUAAUUUUACCUGUUUAGUCGCCAUCUUGGAGGUGCAAUGACGCGUUUAUUGUUUUUCUUUUGGUUUGAUGAUAGUUCUUAUUCCUGUAUCUCUAUAGUGAUUCUUUAGUUUUUAUGAUGUAAUGAUGAAUAAAUGACGAUUUAUAUUGCGUUGUCUAAAGCCAGAUCUCUCUGUGGUCAAACAGUUUGUGUCCUCAACAGGAUCUAAACCUCCAGCCGACACCACGUUUUCCCCGCAACUCAACUUUCAUUACAUUAAAAAGGGGGAAAUUACUAUUUUCUUACAAAGUGAAACUUUAUUAUUAUUGUUGUUGUAAUUUAGUUCUGCAUUUCUACUUUGCCGAUUUGUUUGUAGAAGAAGUGUUAGGAGCUGAACAAUGAAGUUAGCGAUUCUAUUAGCGAUGUAUUGGCUAAACUAGCGCGUUAGCUAAACGCAAAAGUUGGCUCGUUAGCAAAAAGAUGCGUUACCUCAACUGUCUGUUGGCUGAAUGAAUGUGGUGGUUUAACUGUUAGCUGUGUUUUAUUCGCUGAAUGUUCACUGAAAGGCGUCUCAGUGACAAGAUGUGCUGUCUGAACUAUGUUUUUGCGUUAGCUUAGCGGUGUGUGUUAACUUUUACUGAACAUGCGCGUUGCGAUUUUUUUGUAAGUUGAAAGAAAGUCUUUCUGUUUGUUAAUGGAGUUUGCUGGAUGUGUAGCUAUAAGCUAAACACCUUUCCGCUCCCAGGACAUAUCAAACUCUGAGAUAUUGUGAAUUUCUAACCAUUUCGAUGAAAAACCUUUUGCAGAACUAGCAAACCGGUGACAAAAUUGCUCCAAAGAACCUUCACUUACAUUAAAUAAAACCCAAUAAACACGACCAUAAUCCACUCUGCUACUUAAAAAGAGGCUAGUUUUACAUGCUAACAAACUGCCAUAAUAAUGUAAAACAAUUCAAAAUUGCUAAUUACGGCUUAAUAUCCAUUUCUCUACUAUAACUACAUCGGUGUCUAAGGGAGAAAAACCUUUGAAUAAUGUCAGCUUUUCCAAACUGGGCUUUGUCAGCUAGUGCGCUGGCAGUAUGACCAGGUUAGCUAAACUAUCUACGUUAGUUAAACUUUGUGUAAAUGUUUGCUAGCUAAACUGUAUUUCGUGAACUUGAAGUUAAACUUGUGUGAGAUAGUUGUCUGCUGCGUGUUAGCUCCAAAAAACCUUAUUAACAUCUAAAUUAACACAAAUAUCAUCCGCUCUGCGAGUUAUAAAGAAGCUAAUUUUACCUGCCAACUAACUGCCAUAACGAUGUAAAAAACAAAAUCGCUUAUUUAGGCGUCGUAUCCAUUUAUCUUAACUUGGCUAACUAAGGGAGCAACAUCUUUGAAUGUGUCAGCCUUCACAAAUCUCCCUGAAUUAGCCGAAUGUUUGUUAGCUAGUAUGCUAGCUGUAUGAACAGGUUAGCUACUGUCUACAUUAGCAAAACUUUGUAUGUUGUAGCUUAAUGGUGCUGAAUGUUCGUUAGCUAAACUGUGUGUACGUUCGUGUGUUUUGCGUGCUGAACAUAGUGGGCGUUAGCUGGAUGUUAAGGCUGGAUUAUGUUUCUCGAACGUGCACGGUUGUCAUUUUGGAGAAGUUUUUGUGGCUAUUUUUUAAUACAUGUACGAACGUGGAAGUAUUUUUUUGCCUUUUUUUUUUUCAACAGCAUUUUAGAUCUACUAGUUAGCUUGUUUAGAGUUUCAAGUUUAAUUCGUAACGCCCUCCUUUGCAUAAACAUUUGUGUACCUUCGUAGAGAUGUAAUUCCAGCCGUUAGCCGUGUGUUUGUCCGGUGUGUGUGUGUUUGUUAGUGUGUGUUUCCGUGCGUUAGCUGAGGUCGUCGUGUGUCGGACCACAGAGAGGUUUGUCUCGAGGGAGAUCUGGCGGCUGUUGAGUUGAAAAUUGAAUCAGUGGUUCUGCUUCUUGUAUGUGUGACGGUGAUGAUGACGAUGAUGAUAAUAAUAAUGAUGACGAUAAUAAUGAGUUCUCCUGUACAGGGGUCUAUUUAAAUCUCCAGUUUUGAAUAUUCAGUUUGUCGAUAAGAUAAUAUGGUUUGUGUAAAUGUUCCACUCUGGCGGGUGCUCUCCAGCUAAAAAUGUACUUUGUUAUCCUGUUAAAAAUGAUAUUGUUUAAUUCACAUGUUGUGUCUAACCGAAGAGAAGCUGAGUGUUAUUUUCUCAAGACUGCUAGGCUAACUGUCUCUUGUCUGUCUCCGUCUGUCCGGACGUCGCCACGUUUUAAAAAGUUGGCGGGAUCAGUUUUCCAACACGUGUGUAAUCGAACCACGUGAUUCCAGCGUUAUCUUCGCGGGCGUGUUGAGCGGUCCCGCGGCUCGUUAGCGUGGCGGCUCCGAGCCGAGGAGAGCUGUAGUGAGGGGGUUUUACUCCCCGAAACAUUAACAAACACGGAGUGGAUGGCGGCUUGGUGUCCAGCCCCAGUUCCAGGCUCGGGUCUAAACCAGUAACCAACUGGUGUCCCCCCCCCAACCAGGGCUGCACACGACACCGCACGUCCACUCCGCUUUAGAUCUUCCUAGUCCCGCCCCCUCGUCCUGAAGGGGAGACGGGGAGCUUUUUGGUUUCUUGGUUUCUGUUGUUUUUCUAACGGACAGACGUCCGAACUGUAACCUGCAGAUUUUUCUAUUAGAUUCUAUUGACAGAUAGAGUUGUGUAUGAACCCGAGCCACGAGACUGUCGGUGGCCGAGGGAGAGGAAGAUGGAUGAAGAUGUUGAUGAUUAACAUGAGGGCUAAUAAACAGGCUCAUUCUUUCUGA